ACAUUGAGUUACCGCUUUAUUAAAUAUACAAAGCAUAAGGAAGAGAAAGAAAAUGGCAAAAUCAACCCAUCAGCAAUAACACCACCACGCCACCACCUAUAAACUCCGCUACCACCAUCUCCCCACCGCCCACCACCACCACCACCACCAAAGAGAAAUGCCGAGUGGUGUAUGCCCGUGUUUCUUUGGGAGCCGAGUCACUGACUCGGACGGUGACUCGGCGGAUAGGGACCCGGUGGUGCUAGUAUCGGGUAUGGGAGGGUCCAUAUUAAACUCAAAGUCCAAGAACAGUUUAUUCGGUUUUCAAACUCGGGUUUGGGUCAGGAUUUUCUUGGCUGAUUUGGAGUUCAAGCGCAAGCUUUGGUCCAUCUAUAAUCCCACCACUGGUUAUACUGAGGAAUUGGACAAAAGCUCGGAAAUUGUAGUGCCUGAUGAUGAUCAUGGAUUGUAUGCUAUUGACAUUUUGGACCCUUCAUUGUUUGUGAAAUUUGCCCAUCUGACAGAUGUGUACCAUUUCCAUGAUAUGAUUAAUAUGCUCGUUGAAUGCGGAUAUAAGAAGGGCACCACAUUGUUUGGCUACGGUUAUGACUUCCGGCAAAGCAAUAGGAUUGAUAAAUUGAUGGAUGGUCUUAAAGUAAAGUUGGAGACUGCGUAUAAAGCGUCUGGAGGGAGACAAAUCAACUUGAUUUCACAUUCAAUGGGUGGAGUAUUAGUCAAGUGUUUCAUGGCUCUAUAUCCUGAUCUUUUCUCCAAGUAUGUAAACAAGUGGAUUUGCAUAGCUUGUCCGUUUCAAGGUGCACCAGGAUGCAUCAAUGAUGCGAUCUUAACUGGGCUACAAUUCAUUGAAGGUUUCGAGAGUUACUUUUUCGUGGGAAGAUGGACCAUGCACCAACUGGUGAUAGAGUGUCCGGCUAUAUAUGAGAUGUUGCCAAAUCCAGUAUUUGAGUGGAAAGAGGUUCCUAAAAUCUGUGUUUGGCGUAAGGCAUCUCCAAAUCAUGAAGAUGACUCGUCUCUUGCGAAGUUCGAAUCAUAUGAUCCACUUGAAAGUAUCAGUCUCUUUGAAGAGGCUUUGAAGGAUAAUGAGCUUAACUAUAACGGGAAAAUGGUUGCUCUUCCCUUCAACAAUGCUAUUCUCAAAUGGGCUGCUGGCACUCGUCAACUCCUCAACAAAGCUAAAAUGCCAGAAGGAAUUAGCUUCUAUAACAUCUAUGGAACUUCAUUUGACACCCCUUUUGAUGUUUGCUAUGGCUCAGAAACUUCUCCUGUUGACGACUUGUCAGAAAUAUGUCAUAUAUUGCCUGAAUAUUCUUUUGUGGACGGCGAUGAAACUGUUCCAGCUGAAUCAGCACAGGCUGAUGGAUUUGAUGCUGUGGAAAGAGUAGGAGUUGCUGCUAACCAUCGAGCACUUCUGCGUGACGAUACGGUAUUCGGGCAUAUACAGAAAUGGUUGGGUAUAACGAGCCCGAAGGCCCACAAGCAUGUAAAAUGUUCAAGAACAGCCAAAGUCAUGGAUGCUUCUGUAUCAUGAUAUACUAGAAAGCAGAAACACUGCAGGAACUGUAGGCAUUUACAAGGAGUCAGUUUUAUUUCCAUAAAUUGCUUCAACAUAAUACUCGUGUAUAAUUGGACUAAUUGUAUACUUGUAUUAUUAUUUAUAAGUUUAUAACCAACCAAGAAAGUUACGCAGGUCUACGCUUGAGUCAUUCUCGAUCAAUUCGCAGCUGAUAGGACUCGACCUGAGUUCCCCACCAAUGUGUUGGGUUACGCCUGGGAGCAUGAUGUGUAUUAUACAUAGAUGUUUUUUGUUAUCUUAUUUUCACGUCUUUUAUUUUGAGCGGCACAAUCUUUUAUAUUGAAUUGUAUGCUAUUUUUUUAUGAAUAAAGAUUAAAUGCAGAGUAUGUUCUUUCUUCA